UCAGUAUUGUUAAAUAAUCUUCAGACUAAUUUUCGAAAUUUCAAUUUUUUUUCCUUUUUCAAUAUGAUUCAAAAAGUUUUUACUUUCAUCAUACUGUUUAGUUCGUUUCCAAUUCAUGAUUGUGCUGAAUCUAAAGUUAAAGUAGAAAAUGCGUUCAUCGAUUUUGUAAACUUCAGUUACGUUGACGAACAAACGUUUCAUUUCUCUUUUAAAAAUGAAUCUGAAACUAAAAGUAGUAUAAGUUUAAGAAUUGAUAUUAUCAAAGAUAUACCGGAAGAUUUUCAUGUUAAAGUAAAAAUUAUGGGUCGGACUUUCGGACAAUAUACCCUUCCUACAGGGGUAAAUGUGGAUGUUAAAUUUUGUCAAAGCUCUCUAAACGAUUUCUUUCAACCUUACAUGAAUGCUGCUGGUAUAACUACGUGUCCCCCGACGAAGGGAACUUAUGAAAGUAACGACAUUAGUACAGAAGUCGUCGGAAUGCCAGUAUCUUUAAUACCUGGUCUCCACUUUCUUGUUGAAUUUGAAACAUACGCAUCUGACAUUGUCUUAAGUAAAGCCAGAUACUACAUAUAUGUGUCUUAAUUUUUCGUCGAUCCGAUUUCAAAUCGCCCCGAUAUACACUUCUAUAAAGCGAACAUCACUCCAAUAAUUAACCUAAAUCAAUUGUAUGGGUGCUUGAACAAAAGCCAGUGAUCACAUCAGGAUUUAAAUUAAUAAUCUUCAAAGUGUUCUGUGCAACAAUCCUCUAAAUAAAAAUCAAUCCUCUGCAAAAACUCGACCACAGUUUAUGAUUAAUAUUUUUUAGAAAGUAUCAAAAAUUAUGAUUUAUUUUAGGCAAUGUAACGUCAAAUAAGUGUAUAAUAAUAAUGAACGUUAGAAAUAAUAUGUUGAUGUAAUAUAAUUUAUUCAAUAAUAAUUACCCUGAUAUGCAGAUAAAGAAUCUUAAAAUAAAAUAGUAUUCAGAGGUGCAACAUAAACACUAAAACGAAGUAAAAGCUAUUUC